CACACAUCGCACAUCCGGUUAAUGGGACACGUCACUUCUUUGCUUGAGGAAGAGGAGCUGUGCAAAAGUAUACUAAUUUAAACACUGACACCAUGUCGAAUUCGGUAAUUUCAGUCAUUUCUCGCUUUCUGGAGGAAUACAGUAACACGACGUCCACAAAGCUGAAGGUCGUGGACGCGUAUCUGCUGUACAUCAUGCUAACAGGAGCGCUGCAGUUCCUCUACUGUCUGCUGGUCGGCACGUUCCCCUUCAACAGCUUUUUGUCGGGUUUUAUCUCCUGUGUGGGCUCCUUCAUCCUCGCAGUCUGCCUCCGUAUCCAGAUCAACCCGCAAAACAAAGGAGAGUUCCUGUCGAUCUCCCCAGAAAGAGCCUUCGCUGACUUUCUCUUCGCUCACACUGUCCUCCAUCUUGUCGUGAUGAAUUUCAUUGGUUGAGGCAGUUGUGCACCGAACCAGUACUGACCACCUCGCAAGCUCAAGAGGACUCGCCUUCAAGAUGUACAGCUUCUUUGGUUUUUUGCGCCACAGAUUUGGAGUUGGAUCACACUAUCGAUGAAGAAUGUGUUGCAUCCUGUCAGUUUUGAUGCAGUUUUCUUACUAAUCAUAGAUCUCAAAAGUUUUUUUUUUUUUUUUAAAUGUUUAAAUUUGUUAGUCAUUCCUUUUGCACUCAAAUAAAAAA